GUCACUUCUUCCUUUCGCGCCGGGUAACCGGAGAGCCGUGCGUCCAUGUGCGCAGUGACUGGGAAUUGAGAGUCCUCUGAAAUAUUAAAGUCCGAGCCGUAAACGGAGUCUUCGCGAUGGAUCCAGAGUCUUUGGUCGAGGCCCUUCGGGGCACGAUGGACCCCAAUCUGCGGGAGGCCGCGGAGAGAACGCUGAACGAGUGUCACGCCCAUGUAAACUUUGUUUCCACACUGCUGCGUGUCACCAUGUCUGAUCAGCUGGAUUUGCCUAUCAGACAAGCAGGUGUAAUUUAUCUUAAGAACAUGAUAACCCAGCACUGGAGCGAUGGAGAUGGUUCAGGCACCGAGACACCUGUCAAUUACAUCCCAGAUGAGGACAGGCUGUUCAUUCGAGACAACAUAGUGGAGGCCAUCAUCCACUCCCCUGAGCGCAUCAGGGUCCAGUUGACGACAUGUAUCCACCAUAUGAUCAAACAUGACUAUCCCGGCAAGUGGACGGCCAUUGUAGACAAGAUUGGUUUCUACCUGCAGUCUGACAACAGUGCCGGAUGGUUGGGCAUCCUGCUCUGCCUUUACCAGCUCGUCAAAAACUACGAAUACAAGAAACCGGAAGAGCGUCAACCCCUGGUGGCUGCCAUGGACCUCUUCAUGCCCAUGCUGAAAGGACGUUUUAUCCAGCUUCUCCCUGACCACUCCAGUGACUCUGUCCUCAUACAGAAGCAGAUCUUCAAAAUCCUCUAUGCCCUCUUCCAGUACAAUCUUCCCCUGGAACUCAUCAACAGACAGAACCUGACAGAGUGGAUGGGCAUCCUGAAGACAGUAGUUGACAGAGAUGUUCCUCCAGAGACGAUGCAGAUAGAUGAAGAUGAGCGGCCUGAGCUGCCGUGGUGGAAAUGUAAGAAGUGGGCCCUUCACAUCUUGGCUCGCUUGUUUGAGAGGUAUGGAAGCCCAGGCAACACAACCAAAGAGUACGCAGAGUUUGCCGAACUUUUCCUAAAGGAAUAUGCAGUUCCAGCACAGCAGGUGUUGCUGAAAGUAUUAUACCAAUACAAGGAAAAGCAAUACGUUGCUCCCAGAGUACUCCAACAGACGCUCAACUACAUCAACCAGGGCAUAGCACACGCUAUGACGUGGAAAAACCUCAAGCCACAUAUCCAGGGCAUCAUUCAGGAUGUGGUUUUCCCCCUCAUGUGCUACACAGACAGCGAUGAGGAAUUGUGGCAGGAAGAUCCGUACGAGUACAUCCGCAUGAAAUUUGAUGUGUUCGAAGACUUCAUUUCCCCAACAACAGCAGCCCAGACGCUGCUCUUCACUGCCUGCAAUAAGAGAAAAGAGGUGCUGCAGAAGACGAUGGGCUUCUGUUACCAGAUUCUCACCGAUCCCGCCUCUGACCCCAGAAAAAAAGACGGAGCCCUCCACAUGAUCGGCUCCUUGGCUGAAAUCCUGUUGAAGAAAAAAAUAUACAAGGACCAGAUGGAGUUCAUGCUACAAAACCAUGUCUUCCCCCUGUUCCGCAAUGAACUGGGCUACAUGAGAGCCAGAGCCUGCUGGGUCCUCCAUUACUUCUGCGAGGUGAAGUUCAAAAGUGACCAGAACCUGCAGACUGCUCUGGAAUUGACUCGCCUCUGUCUAAUUAAUGACAACGAGAUGCCAGUGAAGGUGGAGGCCGCUAUAGCACUGCAGGUUCUCAUUAGCAACCAGGAGAAAGCCAAAGAAUACAUCACUCCCUUCAUCCGGCCAGUGAUGCAGGCCCUCCUGCACAUCGUCAGGGAGACGGAGAACGAUGAUCUCACCAAUGUCAUACAGAAGAUGAUCUGCGAAUACAGCGAGGAGGUCACUCCGAUUGCUGUGGAGAUGACGCAGCACUUGGCAAUGACGUUCAACCAGGUGAUUCAGACGGGGCCCGACGAGGAAGGAGGCGACGAUAAGGCCGUGACCGCCAUGGGCAUCCUCAACACCAUUGACACACUGCUAAGUGUGGUGGAGGACCACAAAGAGAUUACCCAGCAACUAGAGGGCAUCUGCCUGCAGGUGAUUGGUACUGUGCUGCAGCAACAUGUACUGGAGUUUUACGAGGAAAUCCUGUCCUUGGCCCACAGCCUGACUUGCCAACAGGUGUCGCCACAGAUGUGGCAGCUCCUUCCCUUAGUGUACGAGGUCUUCCAGCAGGACGGAUUUGACUACUUCACAGAUAUGAUGCCACUCCUUCACAACUACGUGACAGUCGAUACAGACACCCUCCUAUCUGACACCAAAUACCUGGAGAUCAUGUAUAGCAUGUGCAAGAAGGUCCUGACGGGUGAUCCAGGCGAGGACCCAGAGUGCCAUGCAGCAAAGCUGCUGGAGGUGAUCAUCCUGCAGUGCAAAGGCCGUGGCAUUGAUCAGGUCGUCCCCUUGUUCGUUGCUGCUGCGUUGGAGCGUUUGACAAGGGAGGUGAAGACCAGUGAGCUGAGGACCAUGUGCCUGCAGGUGGCCAUCGCUGCACUUUACUACAGCCCCCCUCUGCUCCUCAACACCCUGGAGAAUCUCCGCUUCCCCAACAAUACCGAGCCAAUCACUAACCACUUCAUAACCCAGUGGCUCAAAGAUGUCGACUGCUUCCUCGGCCUCCAUGACAGAAAGAUGUGCGUUCUGGGACUAUGUGCUCUCAUUGACAUGGACCACAGACCUCAGGUUGUCAACCAAGCUGCAAGCCAACUUAUCCCAGCAACCAUCCUACUGUUCAGUGGCCUCAAGAGGGCGUACGCCUGUCGAGCAGAGCAUGAGAAUGACGACGAGGACGAUGAUGAGAACGGAGAGGAGGAGGACGACAACGCCGAGCUCGGCAGUGACGAGGAUGACAUCGACGAGGAGGGACAAGAGUACCUGGAGAUGCUGGCGAAGCAGGCAGGAGAGGACGGAGACGAUGAGGACUGGGAGGAGGACGACGCUGAGGAGACGGCACUGGAAGGCUACACUACAGCUGUAGAUGACGAAGACAACUUAGUGGACGAGUAUCAGAUCUUCAAAGCCAUACUACAGAAUCUUCAGAACCGUGACCCGGCGUGGUACCAGGCACUAACACACACCCUUGACGAGGAUCAGGGCAAACAGCUUCAGGACAUUGCCACACUUGCAGACCAGAGACGGGCAGCACACGGUGAGCACCAGCAGAGCCUCUGCCAUUAUCAAAAAAUCUAAGAUGAUUGAGAAACACGGCGGCUACAAGUUCACUGUGCCAGUGGUGCCAUCUAGUUUCAACUUUGGAGGCACUGCUCCGGGAAUGAAUUGAGUCAUCUGUUCUAAUUUUUAUUACUCUGUGACUGAUUGUAGUGAAGUGAAAAAAGCUUGUGUUGUUCCCUUAAGUAGUGGUUCCAGAACUGGUUUCUUCUCAGUCAUUCUUCAAUCUGUCAAAUGGGAAAUAAGCACCAGAAGAUGUGGGAAAGCAACCAAAAUGCAACCAAUGGCUGGGGAAAACAAACCAAGAACUUGAGCACGAUGCAAGAGAAGAAGCUCGGAACAACGUUGUCUUCUGGAGCCCAGUGUGGAAGGGAUACCAUGACGGCAACUCUUUUGUUUUUUCCCACUUAAACAAAAUUUGGGGGAUUAACAGUCAGAAAUUGAUAAUGGGACUAAAUAUUUCAUUGUCAUCGUUGUGGCCAAAUGGCUGUAAUAAGAUUAUACCUCUGGUAGUGGUGAUAUCUACAUUAUUUUCUGCAUAAACAACCAUGUUUAUGCCAUACAAGCCAAGGUUAUUGAUUUUUUUUCAGGUAGCCUUGAAAACAACCAGAGGCGUUUGUAAGGUGUCAACAGCUGUAUUCAUAUGUAGCAUAUUGGAUACUUCAUAGCACUAUGGUGAUGCCUGAUCUCUGUAAAUUAAUGACUAGCACUUUCAUAUUGUUCAGGUUCUCCUAGCCUUCUGUAUCAGACUGCAAAUUUUUUAAAUUGAGGACUAUUUAAAAUGUAAACAGCUGUAACUUUGUUAUUUAGCGAGCGACCUCUGUAACGGCUGGUUGCCGCACAUCUGCUUACAGAGAGGAUUCAGUGGGCAACUCAGAAACAUUAAUUUCAGGAAAAAAAAGAGAAUGCUCUUGGUGUUCAUUAUGGCUGCAGGACGUGUUUGUGAGCACUGCGAGUACAAUUGGAUACAUCAUUGAGGAAUGUACAAUUGGACUUAUCGUGAAAGUCUCAAGCUUUUGGUUGGUGUAUGGAUGAACUAUCUAUAUAUACAACAACAUAUUAAAAAAAGCUAAGGGAA